UAAAGUUCACUUGUUUGUGAGUGAGGCGAUGAAAGUGAUCUCAUUAUGUAAUGACAGAUAAUAAGACAGUUACCUUUGACUGAGACGACGGGUUAGAGUCCAAAUGAAUAAUUCAAAAGCAUCACUUGUAGUUGUCAAGUCUCAAAUCAAGUACUAAAGAUAGCCAAAGUUGUUGAACACGUAACAUCUACAGCAUGAAGUUUCACGUGAAAAUGGAAAAGACUGACCUGGCAACAAUUCCAAAAGAAAAACUGCCAGAAAAUGGCUGUCAUUCUAAACGUCAUGUCAUUGAAUUCGGUAUCCUUAUAACCCUGAUGUUUGCAGCAUUUAUCCUUUUGGCAAAAUGCACAGCUACAAAGGAAUUCCUAUUUAACAAGGUUUUUAACACCUCGUUUUUCAUGUCUAUCGCACCAACUCGGGAAAAGCCUUAUGUGGAUUAUUUGUACAAUGGGCCAUUCGACCAGUUUUUGCAAGACGACAUUGGAGAAGUGCAGGAUUUGGUUCAUUCUUUUUCCAUUUCUGAAGAUACUCUCAAAUCUACAUUGAACAAGAUGAGACCAACUAGUUUGAAGGAAGUGGAUCCUAGAAUAUUUACUCGACUUUGGGGUAAUGAGCAAUGUAAUAUUUUGCCUGUAGAUCACAGGUUUGACUGUUAUCCUGAAGAUGGGGUCACAGAGGACAAGUGCGUGUCGAGAGGCUGCUGUUGGCAGAAAGUAAACACAAAAAAGAAGUCUUUUAGCAAGACAUCUGUUCCACUUGAUGUGCCAUACUGCUAUUACCCCACCGACUACCCAGGUUACUAUGUUAGUAGCAAGAAAAAUAUGCCUAAUUCUGGUUCCAGUAUUGUUCUGGAAAGAAAUACUUCAUCUUACUAUCCUAAUGAUAUCAUGCAAUUGAAAUUUGAAGUCACCUAUGAGACAAGCUAUCGAUUGCGAGUUAAGAUCAGUGAUAACAGUCGCCCAAGGUGGGAAGUCCCGUUUGAAAGACCUGCUGUUCAGCAUCGAAACAAUAUGGACGACAACUUAUACACUGUUACCACCCCUGACAAGACACAGCGAUUUGGUUUCACAGUCACCAGGAAGAGUUCUGGUGUCACCUUACUGAAGACCGCAGGUAGUUUGCUGUUUGCCGACCAGUUCCUUCAGCUGUCCUACUACUUGCCGUCUGUCAACAUCUACGGUUUGGGCGAGCACCGAGAUUCUUUGAUGCACAGCGUCAACUGGACGAGAUUCACACUGUGGAACAAGGACAUGCCACCUACUGAAAAAUCCAAUCUGUAUGGAUCUCACCCAUUCUAUCUGAUGAUGGAAGACGAUGGGAACAGUCACGGGGUUCUGCUGUUGAACAGUAAUGCUAUGGAUGUGAUUCUGCAGCCAGUUCCAGCGAUCACCUGGAGAACAAUCGGCGGAGUUCUCGACUUCUACAUCUUCCUUGGCCCGGGGCCCGCCGACGUCGUCCAGCAAUACACAGAGGUCGUAGGUCGCAGCUUCAUGCCGCCAUACUGGAGUCUGGGCUUCCACCUGUGUCGCUGGGGAUACCGCACUGCCAUGGGGACGCUUGAUGUCGUCAACAAAGUGCGCAAUGCAGGGAUUCCUCAAGACACCCAGUGGAAUGACAUCGACUACAUGGACAACCAUUUAGACUUCACUACGUCGCCACAGUUUGGAGAUCAGGCUGUUCUUGUCAAUGUUCUUCAUGCACGCGGGAUGCACUAUAUGAUCAUAGUGGAUCCCGGUAUCAGUAACACACAGAAAGCUGGAUCCUAUCAUCCAUAUGACCUCGGCAUGAAGCUUGGCAUUUUUAUUAAUGACAGCAACAAUAAUCCACUAGUCGGCGUGGUUUGGCCUGGUAAAACAGUCUUUCCUGAUUUCACAUCGCUAGCAGCUCAGGAAUAUUGGACUAUAGUGGUGAAGAAUUUCCAUAACCAAGUAGCAGUUGAUGGCUUGUGGAUUGACAUGAACGAAGUCUCCAACUUCGUUGAUGGAUCAGUAAAUGGAUGUCCCCACGACAACAUAGAAAACCCACCUUACUUACCAGCGGUGCAAGGAGGAUCUCUGAGGUACCGUACAAUUUGCGUUUCAGCCAGACAGAAGUGGUCGAUAUCCUACAACGUUCACAAUCUGUAUGGACUGACGGAAACCAACGCCUCUUACCAAGCUCUCAAAGCUGCCCGACCUGGGAAGAGGCCAUUUGUAAUUUCAAGGUCAACCUUCUCUGGUCAAGGCCAUUAUGGAGGACACUGGACUGGUGAUAACGAUGCAACAUUUUAUGACAUGUACAAGUCUAUAUCAGAGAUUUUAAGGAUGAACAUGUUUGGAAUUUCAAUGAUCGGGGCCGAUAUCUGUGGUUUCCGUGACAACACAACCGAGGAGCUGUGUGAACGCUGGCAUCAACUGGGAGCCUUCUAUCCCUUCUCCCGCAAUCACAAUGACCGCAGCCGGAGGGCUCAAGACCCAGCAUCUCUUGGUCCUGCAGUUGCGGCAUCGACGAGAAAAGUGUAUUUGACACGAUACUCACUACUGCCGUAUUUGUACACCCUCGUACACAAAAGUCACAUGAUGGGUUUUACCGUGGUCAGACCUCUCUUCUUUGAAUUUCCCAUGGACAAACAGACAUACCGUGUUGAUCGACAAUUUAUCUGGGGGUCUGCUUUGUUGAUAUCACCCGUCUUGGAAAAGGGUGUACUUGAAGUGGAAGCCUAUUUCCCUGCUAAAAGCAGCUGGUAUGACUUUUACAGUGGAAGGAAAAUUACUGACCACGGUGGUGUUGUGAGACUGGACGCGCCCCUUGAUGUGAUUAAUCUCUCCCUUAGAGCAGGAUAUAUCCUACCGAUGCAGAAGCCAGCACUGACUACCACAGACGCUCGGAAGAAUAACUUCUGGUUAUUGGUGGCCUUGAACGCCACUGGAGGUGCUGAGGGCGACCUUUUCUGGGAUGACGGCGACACAAUAGAUUCUCAUGCUAAAGGUCUGUUCAACAUGCUCAAGUUUCACACAUCACAGAAAAUGGUUUCGAUUGACCAGAAACACAUUGGUCUGAAGGAUGAACGCAUGGUUCUUAGUAACGUCACCGUAUUUGGUCUGGAUACACAGCCAAAUAAAGUGACCAUCAAUGGGAAAGAAACUUCAUUUACUUUCAACACUGGAAACAAGGUGCUGUAUGUGGUCGAAUUUAAUGCCAAAAUGUUGCAGCCAUUUAAACUUGUGUGGAGCUGAACAUAACGUGAAAGCUAAAUUAAGAAGACUUUAUAAUAAUUAUUACAUUUAAAAAAAUUUAGCACAUAUUAUAUAUAAUAAUUAUUAAAGUAGGAAUACUGUCACGGAUUUAAGGACCUUAUUUCUCCAAAAGUAGAUAAUAAAUGAAAAUUACAUCAAUGUUUAGAAACCAAAUCUGGCUAUUGAAUCACCUUAACUAAACUAUAAUGGAGUGAAAUCCAUGUCAAUCCUCUUGGCAAUAUUAUUUUUUAAAUUAUGGACCAUCGCCAUAAUUCAGUUAUUUUUUAUAAAGUAUCAUUAAUAAGUGGAGUAUGAUGGUUACAUAGAUUGUUGUAUAAAGUACAUUUAGGAACAAAUCAAAUACAUAUGUUUCACCAAAUACUUUGUCAGGCCAUUUACUAGGUCAGUGGUCUGUGACAGUAUGCCUUUAAAGUGAAUAUAUUUUACACUCCUCCUCUCCCCCCCCCCCCCCCCCCCCCCCCCCCCUUUGCUAGUAUGAAUUCCUGCUUUCUAUCAAAAGAAUUUGUCGGCUUUAUAAAUAGCCAUUUUGAUUGUGUAAAAUGAUAAACCAGGAGGAGGCUUAGAUAAGUUUUGACUUAAUUUUUCCAGUGUUUUAAAUGCACAUACCCUUAAGUUACCCUAAAUAGACACUACGGUUACUUAAUGUAGACAAACCUGCAAGACACAUUUGGAUCAGGAUAUAACAAAGAGAAGCUAAAAUCUAUGAUGUUUAAACAGGGAAAUACUGUCUAAAAAGAACUAAAAAUUUAAAUUAUUAAAAAUAGCCUUAAUAGUGAAAAAUAUGUCAUUUUGAAAAAAAAAGUGGUAAAAAUCUCACGUUUUGCGCAUAAUAUGAAUAUUUAUAAAAAAAAAUAAUUCAUUACUAUUUCAGAAGCCCCAGUUUUCUCUAGGCCUGAAUUACCAUCUUAUAUGUAUGAUUUGUUGCUGCUAGCAUAAUGUUGCUACUUUAUUCCACAAUCACUGUAUACAUUAGCAAGAUAUGAUGACCAGAUAAAUCUCUUUAUUUUUGUUCACUGACCAAAAAUAUAGGUCACAUGACAUAAACCUGACUCGACUCGAGUAUUCCAGACUAGAUUUUCAAUAAACAUACUCUUUAAAUCAUUUAAGUACAGUAAAUACAAAUAACUUUUACUUUUGCGAUAACAAUACAAAACUUGUAUAUUUAUUUAUGAAUUAAAGUUUAGAAAUGCUUUUUGAAUAUGACAGAAUGUAGCUAGCGUCUUACAAAAAAUGACGUCAUAUACCUUGUAUAAUAUCAUACAGCAAAAGCCAUGCUAGGUUGACGAUACUCUAUUUGCGUACACACAAUUGGAAUAAAUAUUGAUUUUCCUACUAUUCCCGUAGGAUUGGAGGAUAAAAGAAAUAACUGGUUACUGUCUUAAGAUAUUGGCUUUAUUCUGCUCAGGUCGAAUGGCGAAUGCAGCUCGGCAGAGCCUUGAUGCAUUCGCUAUUGUAACCUUCGCAGGAUAAAGCUAAUAUCUUAAGACAGUAACCAGUUAUUCCCUAUUUAUUUUUUAUUUGCUUUCAGUGCAAAUACCUGUAUUGAUAGCAAGAUAAAUACAAUAAUUGGAUUAGAUGCAUGUACGGAUUAGAUGCAUGUACAUGUAUGCUGUUUAUCUAUUCAUUUUUAAUUAACUUGUUAAGUUUAAUUUAAUAAUCGUUUACAAACAGAUUGUUUAAAUAAGAAAACCAUUUUAUAAUAUAUUUACAUAUGGUAUAUUUUUAUAUAUAUUAAUAAGUAAUUAUUGAACUCCAUGUACACCCAAAGAAGAUUUCAAUUUUAAUAAUACUUGUCAAAUACUGUUUCAUGUAUGUGAUAGCAUCUAUAUAUGAUGAAAAAAAUAUAUUGAAAUAAUUCCAUUAAGUAUUAUUAUGUAUAUUAAAGUCUUGUUUUCUUCCA